AUGAAUGGCUCGUGGAUACGAGGAGAUAUCUUGCGGCCACGCGAUGCUCGAGUGCCGCGGAUUCUCGGAGUGCUCCUCCGGUCUUCGGGCCUUGCUUCCCUAAAUCCCGAUCUCGACGCCGCAGUGGCACGCCUAUCAAGCUCACAGCUCACAGCUCCAGCUCAAGCUCAAAUGGCUUUCCAUCGCCGACCGUUGAAGAUCGAAGCAUCCCAGAAGCGGCGGAGCGACGGCUGGGGCACAGCACCCGAACAAAACCCCACACGGCGACAUCGGGACACCAGUGGGCCGGUGGUAGUGGCAGUGGCCGUGGCUUUACGAGCGAGUGUUUGA